GGCCAAUCGGCUGGGCGUCCGCCUCGAGCCGGGCUCGUCAUGGCCGCCAUGCCGUUCGGGGCCGCGGACGCCGCCGAGGAGCCGGCGCAGCUGUCCGGCGCAGCUUUGCCCGUGGGCAGCUUGGCCGCGGCCGAUGCUUUCCCCAAAGACUUCGGCUACGGAGCUGACGAGGCCGAGGCGGGCGAGGACGACGGGGCCGAACUAGCGGGAGGCGGCGGCGGCGGGAUCGGCCUGGCGGGGCCCGGAGGCGGGCUGGGGGCCGGCGGGGGCGACUCCUCCAACCAGCCCCGUAUCCUGCUGAUGGGGCUGCGGCGGAGCGGGAAGUCCUCGAUCCAGAAGGUGGUCUUCCACAAAAUGUCCCCCAACGAGACGCUCUUUCUGGAGAGCACCAACAAAAUCUACAAGGACGACGUCUCCAACAGCUCCUUCGUCAACUUCCAGAUCUGGGACUUUCCUGGCCAGAUGGAUUUCUUCGAUCCCACCUUUGACUACGAGAUGAUCUUCCGAGGCACCGGAGCUCUCAUUUACGUCAUUGACGCGCAGGACGACUACAUGGAAGCAUUAACCAGACUCCAUAUUACGGUUUCCAAAGCCUACAAAAUCAAUCCAGACAUGAACUUUGAAGUCUUUAUUCAUAAAGUUGAUGGCUUAUCGGAUGACCAUAAAAUUGAAACUCAAAGGGACAUCCAUCAAAGAGCCAAUGAUGAUCUUGCCGAUGCUGGCUUAGAAAAACUACAUCUUAGCUUUUAUUUGACCAGCAUCUAUGAUCACUCAAUAUUUGAGGCCUUCAGUAAGGUGGUGCAGAAACUCAUUCCACAGCUGCCCACUUUGGAAAACUUGCUGAAUAUCUUUAUAUCAAACUCUGGGAUUGAGAAAGCUUUUCUUUUUGAUGUUGUCAGCAAGAUCUAUAUUGCAACAGACAGUUCCCCUGUUGACAUGCAGUCCUAUGAGCUAUGUUGCGACAUGAUUGACGUCGUCAUUGAUGUUUCUUGCAUAUAUGGGCUAAAAGAAGAUGGCAGCGGUAGUGCAUAUGACGAGGAAUCUAUGGCAAUUAUUAAACUCAAUAACACAACUGUUUUAUAUUUAAAAGAAGUGACAAAAUUUCUAGCCUUGGUGUGUAUCCUCAGAGAAGAAAGCUUUGAACGCAAAGGCCUAAUAGACUAUAAUUUCCACUGCUUCCGGAAGGCCAUCCAUGAGGUCUUUGAAGUGGGCAUUUCCUCUCACCGCCCCUGUGGCCACCAAGCAAACAUUCCCAAUUUGAAAGCACUGACUCAUAACGGCACCCCGAAGGAGGACUGAGUCAGGACGGCCUGGGGCUUGCUUGCCUACUCUGGGUCUGGAUCAGGGCAGGAGCAGCAGCACGGAGGACGGGCAGCCUCCGUUUUGUUUGAAGCAAGUGAAGUCUGCCUUGGGGACUUCUUGUCACAGCUCAUACCAGGAGUGACGAAGGGAAAGCCAAGAUGCAGGGUGGUGCCUUUUGUUGUAAUUAGCCAGGCAGCCUCUCCUCCAGGGGGAACUUCCUUGUUUGUUUCAGGAUUCAGCAGCAGGCGAUGUGCUCCAGAGGCCCUGAAAUUCAAGCGUGGUUCAUAACUUAUUUGAGUACACACUCAACACAUUCCACCUGAGUUAUCGCACAGUUUUGUGGUAAUGCCUGAAAAAAGUAAUAUAUCCUGUGACCUCUCCUCUGCAAACCCAUGGAAUGAAAGCUUAUCUGCUUUUCUAGAUCUAACUGUCCUCAGAACUGUUUGAAAUGUCAUGUCUUGAAUUGUCAAGCUUUUGGUCACUCGGUAUCAGUUCCUGCAUUUAUUCUUGCACUGUUUUUUUUACUGAUUCUUUUACACUAUUUUUCUGAAGCCUCUUUUGGCAGCGCUGGCUCCCUCAACUAGGAAACGGAGAUUAGCACCACCCCUUGAGUGUGGCACAACUGAGCAGGAGAAACGUUUACACUCUUCACAAAUAAUUCCAUUUCAUCCUGCCAUGGCUAAUAUGGCUAGAAUUCCGUAUUUCAUUCUUGAGGCUGCAUGAUCACAUAGAGAGUCAUUUUAUUUUAAAAAAAAAUAUGUACGGCUUUGACAAGAAUGGAACAAUUACAGGUUUCGGUUGCUAGAAGUUGCAAACAAUUUUGCUCAUUUUUAACAACAUGUGAAACUUCCUUCAAUAGGAAUACUUUCCAUCUGUUGAAAUGUUUUCUGUGAAUCUUCCUGUCGCUCAUCUGUGUUUGGGCAGAUAAAUGCCAUUCUCUUAAUGAUGACAGCACUUCCCGAGCCUCAGAUUCUGCUCUUUAACUCAAAAUGUCAGUGUGAGUUUGUUGAAGGUUUAACAUGCUUUAACACUCUUCACAGGUGGUUGCAUUCUGCCAGAAGGUCCUGUCUGGAACGGAUAUGUUCCCAGGCUACAUUAAUAAAAGAUCUUUAUCUCGA